UGCGCGGCGGGGCGGCCGCGGGAGGAAGCGACGGGGCCCGCCUGCCGCGGCCGGGCGCGGCGGGGACGGGGACGGGGCUGGGGCCGGGGCCGGGCGCCGCCAUGCCCCGGGACAACAUGGCCUCCCUGAUCCAGCGGGUGGCGCGGCAGGCGCGCAUCACGUUCCGCAGCCCGGCGGGGCCGGCCUUCGGGGAGAACCUGCACCGGCUGCAGCAGCUGCUGGACGAGGUGCGCGCCGAGGACUUGCACUUGGCCCCGCGGGGGCCGGCGCCGGUGGCGGGCGCGACGGGCGCGGGGUGCCCGCGUGCCGGCGUGGUGCCGCCCGUCAGCUACAUGCACAUCUGCGAGACGGAGAGCUUCAGCAUGGGCGUGUUCCUGCUGCGGAGCGGCGCCUGCAUCCCGCUGCACGACCACCCGGGGAUGAACGGCAUGCUCAAGGUGCUCUACGGCACGCUGCGCAUCGCCUGCAUGGACGCGAUGCCCCCCGCCGCCGCCGCCGCCCCUCCGCCGCCGCCCGCCGCCGCCGCCGGCCCGGGGCCGUGCCUGCGCGCCCUGCUGCGCUCCCGGCAGCACUACACGCCCGCCUCGCCGCCCUGCCUGCUGUCGCCGCACAGCGACAACCUGCACCAGAUCGACGCGGUGGAGGGGCCCGCCGCCUUCCUCGACAUCCUGGCGCCGCCCUACGACCCCGAGCACGGCCGGGACUGCCACUACUACCGCCUGCUGGAGGGGCCGCCGCCCGGCACCGAGCUGCCGCGGGAGGUCUGGCUGCUCGAGACCCCGCCGGCCGCCGACUUCUGGUGCGGGGGCGAGCCCUACCCCGGGCCCCGCGUCUGCCCCUGAGGCGGCCGCGCCGGCCCUCGGGACCCCCGGGGCCGUCGGGACGGUUGGGACCGUCGGGACCGUUAGGAGCGUUGGGACCGUUGGCGCCCCCCCCGGCGUAGCGCGGGCCAGGCCCUGAGGGGACCCCGCGGCCGCCCCCCCUGCGGCGGGCACCGCGCCGAGGCCCGAGGGCGCCGAGCCCCCCGCGGAGCAGGAGGGCGCCGCCGGG